GUCUUUACGUAUCAUUUUAUGCAAAAACAGUGAAACCUGUCGAAGUUAUAAAGACCGCUGUUAGUGAUACGUUCCUCUAAAUAACCAGAGUGAGUGCAAAUUUGCACCGAAAAUGAAACCGUUUCUCUUUCUUUGCACCGUGUUGGUGUCAACCCUGGCCGACCCCAACGGUUUCUACCACCAGGAAUACAACUAUCGGACUUCCUCCUCCUCCUACAAAAACCACGAAUUGCAGCACCGUAAUGACGACGAAGGUUUCUACUCCAAAGACGGCGACUUAGAAGGGCGUUUACGCCCCCGGGUCAACGCCCAUAGCCAGCACAGCGAAUACGUGAACCCGAAAAUGCAACACGCCUAUCGUAUUGGUACUGAUCGCACCUCCUCCUUCGGCCAAUUGCACGCGCAAAACCGGUUCCAGCCCGGCGAACCCGGUUACGACCAGCCCGAAAUGGGCGGGGCCGCGUUUAGGUACAUGCCGCACCAGCAGAAUUACGCCGUUAGUUCUGAUUUGCGGCAGGUCACGGCGAAUUUGCAGGAGGAAAUGCAGAGGGAGUUGCAGCGGGCGGUGUAUGACCAUUAUCAGAGGGCGGCGGCUUAUGGAGGGAGUAUUAGUCAGUCGCAGGUUGAAGCCGAUAGGAGGAUUUUGGAGGAGGAGUUGAGGAGGAACAUGACCAUGAGGUUGCAAGAGGCUCUGAAGACGGAAUACGGGAAUCAGGGGAUUCGAGGGGCGUAUUCGUAUAGUAUUAUCAACGGGAGGUUGCAGCCGACCGCGAACUAUGAUAAUCAGGAGUUGGCGGAUUUGACGAGGCAGAUGGAGGCGAAUUUGAUGAGGCACUUAGAGCAGCAAGUACAGACGUAUUAUCAGACGAGGGUGGAUACGCAGGUGCAUACCCAGAGGAAUACGUACCACCACAAUGGGGUUAACCACAAUGGAGUGAACGGGAAUUAUCCCGGUGCUUUGCAGCAGAGACCACAGGUUUAUCAUCAAUAUCCACAACCACAACCACAACCGCAUCCGGUACAGGUACAACCACGGCCACAUCCGAUGCCUGUUCAACCACACCCUGUGGCACCUAUUCCUGAUUCCAUCACGACAGUCGCUACACGAGUCCAAACCGAACUCAACGAAAUCUUGAAUAAGAUUCUUGACGAUACGCAACGAAGAUACUUCGCGGAGAAUAGCUACAAUUCGGGUGUCAACUACGACGGUGUUUUAGCACACCUUCAAGAAGAAUUAAGAGCUAAUAUUACGUUCCACUUCGACGACCAAAUUAAAAGGGCCUACGGCUAUAGCAACUACGCUUCGAAAUACAGUAUGGAAGACAUAGAAAAUCUUCGUAGACAAAUCGAGUCGAACCUUGUCACCAAAUUAAACCGAGACUUCAAUCGACAAAGAGAAAAGUUCUUCCGAACUCACAUGUACGUAGCUCAACCCAACCAACCCAUACCAGGUAACCAAGUUUUCUACCCUGCCAACAACGUGCACUACAAUAGAGACAUCGCUGAAAUGCAAAGGCAGCUCCAAGAACAAUUAUCACGUCAGUUGGAAAUGGCCUUAAUGCAACAAUCUUACAGACAAGCUCAUAUGUACAACAACCCAGGGUCUAACUUUAACCCACAAAUGCAUUACCAAACAACCCUCGACCAACUGUCUGCAGAAUUGAAUAGAAAUCUCACUCGCCAACUGGAAAUGGUCAACACGCAACAAUUCCAAUCGGGUGCUUAUGAAAGUCAAUUAGCUCAGAUGAGAAAUCAGUUGCAACAUGAUUUGAUGAGGCAGCUACAGCAAGGUCUGCAGCAGUCAUUCAGUCGUUACAGUUCUUGGAGUAGUAGCUCUUCGCAUAGUUCCAGUGCCAACUAUAGGCCAGUGAGAGGUUUUGACCCUAAUGUGUAUCGCAUCCACGGAGGUACUAAUGACCCCAUGGGCGAAGAUUGCAUGAUGGGUGACGAUCCUUCCGUGUACCAACAACAACAAGCUGAUGAUUUGACACAACAGAUACAAACGCAUGAUGAUCAGCAGGUUCAAAGUCAUGACGAUUUGACGCAGCAGGUUCAAAGUCACGAUGAUCUGACGCAACAGGUUCAAGAUCAUGAUGAUUUGACGCAGCAGAUUCAAAGUCACGAUGAUCUGACGCAACAGGUUCAAGAUCAUGAUGAUUUGACGCAGCAGGUUCAAAGUCACGAUGAUCUGACGCAACAGGUUCAAGAUCAUGAUGAUUUGACGCAGCAGGUUCAAAGUCACGAUGAUUUGACGCAACAGGUUCAAGAUCAUGAUGAUUUGACGCAACAGGUUCAAAAUCAUGAUGAUCUGACGCAACAGGUUCAAAGUCACGACGAUUUGACACAACAGGUUCAAAGUCACGACGAUUUGACACAGCAGGUUCAAAGUCACGACGAUUUGACACAAGCACAAACGCACGAUGAUCUGACGCAACAGAGUCAAGAUGAUGAUUUAACGCAACAAGUACAGAAAAACGAUGAUUUGACACAACAAGUUCAGAGCCAUGACGAUUUGACGCAACAAUCUCAAACCCAAGAAGCUUUCACUCAACAAAAUCAAUAUCAGCAGCCGUAUUUGAGACCGAGACCACGACCGAUUCAAAUUCAACAAGAACCGAGUCGAGAGGCUUGGCGUCCAGUGGUGUACUCUAGACCUGCGCCUAUUUCUCAAUCGAGUCAAAAUCGAGGUUGGAGACAAGAUUUAACCCAACAAACACAAUAUCAAGACGAUUUAACUCAGCAAGUGCAAACUCAGCAGGUUCAACCAGGUAACUAUCGACCAAUUGUAAAUUCGAGACCAUCACCCAUACGAGAUUACUCAAGACCGCAACAAGUCCAACAAAGUCAGACAAGUUUCUCACAAGAACCAGUGUAUGAAUCUUACCGAGUCAUUCCUAUCAGUCAACAAGUACCACAAAGGCAACAACCAAAUCGUUAUGAGCCUAAUCAGUACACUUCGACUUAUCAAUGGCAGCAACAAAGACAAAGUCCUCCAAGUAACCAAGUAAGAGAAAGAGUGCAAUAUUAUGAGAACCUUGACAGACAAAGACGUCCUUACAAUCAACAAGUUCAAAAACCGUAUAACGGACAACAAAAUCUACUCGGACAACAAACCGAGAUUGAUGAUUUGAGUCAACAGAUUCAAGAUCCUGGUCAACGUCAGACCUCUGACUUUACUCAACAAUCACAAGAUCUAACGCAACAAACCGAAGACACAGAGUUCGCGCCGCUACAAAUCGGCAACAGCAGAGAUAAGGAGAAUAAUUAUAGAAGAUAUCCCGACCAUGGCAAACUUGCAGAUCAACAAGCUCCAGGCACAAAUUAUGGGAGAUUAACACAACAAACACAAGUUCUCACAGACCAACAAACUCAGGACUUGACGCAACAAACUCAGGACUUUAGACAACCAAGUCAGGCCUUAACACAACAAAAUCAAUAUUUGAAUCAACAAAACCAAGAUCUCUCUCAACAAACGGAAGACUUAACCCAACAAUACCAAGACCUCACUCAACAAAAUCAAGACUUGACUCAACAACAAACUCAACACCUCACUCAACAAAAUCAAGACUUGACUCAACAGACUCAAGAUCUCACGCAACAAUAUCAAGAUCUUACUCAACAAAACCCGCACUUGAAUCAACAACAAACUCAAGACCUCACUCAACAAAAUCAAGACUUGACUCAACAGACUCAAGAUCUUACUCAACAAAAUCAGUACUUGUAUCAACAACAAAAUCAAGACUUGACUCAACAAACUCAAGACAUUACUCAACAAAAUCAAGACCUCACCCAACAAAAUCAAGACUUGACUCAACAGACUCAAGAUCUCACGCAACAAUAUCAAGAUCUUACCCAACAAAGUCAAGACCUUACUUCACAAAAUCAGUACUUAGAUCAACAACAAACUCAAGACCUCACCCAACAAAAUCAAGACUUGACUCAACAGACUCAAGAUCUGACGCAACAAAAUCACGAUUUCACUCAACAAACUCAAGAUCAACAGAGUCAAUUCGACGACACACAAACGCCGAGUCCGUUUUACAUCGAACAAACUCACGAUGUAGAUUUAACGCAACAAUAUCAAGACCAGAUUGGUGAUAUUGAUCAACCAAUCGAGUCCCAAGUAUCGUCAAAUCAAAUCUUCCCGAAUCAUCAGGAUUUGACUCAACAACAAAAUCAGGAAAUCGAUGAACCAACGGAACUUCCGGGGUUAAGUCAACAACGAAACGAACAAGACCGAACCCUUCCGGUUCAGCAAGAUAAUCAACGUUUCGACGAUGCUAAAAGAGAGUCUCAAAAUUUGAUUGAUUUACUGAGACAAGAACAACAACAACAGCACGAAUUACAAUAUCAGUACCAACAACAGCAGCAGCAAAAACAACAACAACAGCGACAAUAUGGCAAUGUUAACGGGUAUCCAGGACAAGUGGGUACAACAAGACAAGAAGAAAUUCCUCAACAUCCAUAUGGUAGUCAACAACAACAACAACAACAACAGCAUCCCAUAGGACCCAUGCAAUACCAGCCACAACCUGUAUAUGCUGAUAUUUAUGGGCAACAGCACCAAGUUGGAACUACAAGACAGUUACCAAGCGGCAGAAGUUUGAUUUCCCAAGAGCCACAACAAGUGAAACAUGCUACGCCGGUGGUUGAACCUAGCAAUACUGAAACAGUUGGCACAGUUGAACCCAUUGAACCUCAAGUAGCAAGUGAGGUGCAGCAAGUUGAUGAUUCUAAGGACCCCGAGGCAGAAGAUGAAGAAGUUACCACAAAGAAGCCCGGGUUUUGGUCGAGACUGGGGACCAAAAUUAAGAAUAAGAUAGGUUAGGUGACUGUCCUUUUUGUUGUUUUAUCGUCGUAGAUUUAAUUUAUUAUUGUAAAAUGGAUCAUACUCAAUAAACAAAUGAAAAAAUUAUAAAA